CAAACAGUUCUUUAUUGCUAUAUGCAUGAACCAAGCGGACUUAUUUUUGUGUAGUUCAUGUAUAUAGGAAAAUGGAAAAUGGAAAAUGGUGUAGUUCAUGUAUUAUUUUUGUUAUUGUGUUAAUUUUGUCUAGUUCAUGUAUUAUUUUUGUCUGCAAUAAUCAAGCGGACUUAUUUUUGUCUAGUUCAUGUAUAUAGUGUUACUUAUGUUAUUGCAGAUUGGAAAAUGGUUCCUGGCUUAAAGACUGGUCGGCUUCGGAAGAAGACACUCACGCAGCCAGAAACAGACUCGCCGGCUGCUAUUCCUUUAGGAUCACCCGUUGCUCCGUCUCCUGUUGUACCCGUCCGAUCAAAUGUGGGACCAUCUCAUCAUGUCACUAGCCAACCAAUGGAUGAUUCUGAUGAGACACAAGCCCCAUCCGAAACGCAGCCGAGUGGCGUAGGGACUUCGAAGCCCCUACGUGUACGUGGACCGACACUUGGCAAGGGCAUACAAAAAAUAAUUAGAGCCAACAAAGGGGAAAAAUGUUAUGUUCACAUCGAUCGUGGGUUGAAUGCAAUGACUGGCAAGUAUGCCACUCCAGCAACUAACGAGUUAGGAAUUCAAAUUAGAACCUUGUGCCCUUUGAAAGAUGUGAAGUCAUGGCUGGAUCUUGAUGAGACUACUAAAGCUGCCGUCAUCCAAGGAGUUCUUGACAAGUUUCAAAUUGGAGACGAUUUCCACAAUGACUUACAAGCACAGGAGAUUGUGAAUAAGAAGGCCUAUGGGUUGUACAAAGAUUGGAGGUACACCUUGAAGCAAGAGUUCAAAUUGUUAGAAGGACUUCCACGUGAUGAGAUCUAUGGUCAUCCGCCCAUAGGGGUGAGUUUAGAUAAUUGGAAGCAUUUGAUCGAUGUGGCAUGGCAAGAUGCAUCUCACCAGAAACGGUCAAAAGCUGGCAAGAGUAAUAGGAGUCAAUUGCCGUACAAUCAUACCAAUGGGUCUCGCUCAUUUCCUAUCGCAAUGGCUGCUAUGGACGACACCCGCGCAUAUAGGGGUUAUGGGGCCACGAAGGCCAGAGACUGGUACGACGAGCUCCCUGCCGGAGUACGAGCUAUCAUUGACGAGGCAGGCUUUGGCCUAUUUUGCUCCAGAUUGUCACGAGUCAUAGACGACACCCGCGCAUAUAGGGGUUAUGGGGCCACGAAGGCCAGAGACUGGUACGACGAGCUCCCUGCCGGAGUACGAGCUAUCAUUGACGAGGCAGGCUUUGGCCUAUUUUGCUCCAGAUUGUCACGAGUCAUAGUAAGCCAUCCAUUUCUUGGGGCAUUAGUGGACAGAUAG